AUGUACCUCAUGAAGAGGGGCUGCAAACCAUACCCAGGGAGUUCUGGGGAGGAAAGAGCCCCUAGCUUGGAGCUGGUGGAGAAGCCUCAUGGCAGGGAGAAGCCACACAGGUGCUUGGAAUGUGGGAAAUGUUUCAGCUGGAGCUCCAGCCUGAGGCAGCACCAGGUGAUCCACCCUGGGGAGAGGCCCUUUGAGUGUGGGGAGUGUGGGAGGAGUUUCAGCCACAACUCCAUCCUGAUCCAACACCAGAGGAUCCACACUGGGGAAAAGCCAUUUGAGUGUGGGGAAUGUGGGAAGAGCUUCAGGCAGAGGGGCCAACUGAUACGACACCAGGUGAUCCACACUGGGGAAAAGCCCUACAAGUGUGGGGAAUGUGGGAGGAGCUUCAGAGGAAGCUCAGCAUUGAUUCGGCACCAGGUCAUCCACACGAGGGAACGGCCCUACACCUGCUUGGAAUGUGGGAAGAGCUAUGGGUGGAGCUCAGACCUGAGAAAACACCAGCGCACCCACUCUGGGGAGAGGCCCUACGAGUGUCCUGAGUGUGGGAAGAGGUUUCACAGGAGCUCCGAUCUCCUCAAACAUGAGCGGAUUCACACAGAGGAGAGGCCCUUCCGCUGCCCCGACUGUGGGAAGGGCUUCAAGCAAAACUCCACCCUCACCCUGCACCGGCGCAUCCACACUGGGGAGAGGCCCUACGAGUGUGGGGAGUGUGGGAUGAGCUUCUCACAGAGCUCUCACUUGACAGAACACCAGGUGAUCCACAUGGGGAAACAGCCCUACAAGUGUGGGGAGUGUGGGAAGGGCUUUGGGUGGAGCUCCAACCUCAUCAAUCACUGCAAGAUCCACACUGGGGAGAGAACCUAUGAGUGUCCCGAGUGUAGGAAGUUGUUUCUGAGCAGCUCCAAUCUCAUCGUAAUGAUACAUCAGCAGAUUCACACAGAGGAGAGGCCCUUCCACUGCCCCGACUGCGGGAAGGGCUUCAGGCGCAACUCCACCCUCGUCACCCACAGGCACAUCCACACUGGGGAGAGGCCCAAUGAGUGUCCUGUGUGUGGGAAGAGAUUCUCCAGAAGCUCUCACUUGGGCCAACACAAAUGGAGGCACCAUUAA